AUUUCUUCAAUGUGUGGACUUAACGUUUUAAUAUUCUUAGUUAUUUCCGCCAUCCAAAUGUGAGAUGUUAGUGUAUAACUUAUACUCUUCUACAAUUUUUUAACCAAGUUUUUUAAAAUCAUUUUGUCUUGGCACAGGUUGUGACAGAGGAACAUCGUAGUCAUGGGAAAGAUUUACCCAUUUUUGCUAAUACUUGUAAGCCUUAUGGUAGGUGGACAUAGUUCAUUCUUUAACGGGUGGUUCAAUCUCUGGAUCGAAUCUGAUUGUUUCUCUAAAAAUGGCAGUGACGUUAAUAUACACAGGCUUUCCAGCCAAAUUCAAGACAGAGUGGUAACCAUGAUGGGACUUGUCUAAAUCUGCUCGGUGCUAGUCUCCUUCAUCAAUAGUUUGACCGUUGAUUAACCUAUGACUCCCAUUGUGCUACAUGAGACGAGCAACAUUUCAUUUUUAAAAAUUAAUGUUCAUCCUUCUGAGUCUAGCCUAGUAGGUGGUAGCAAAAAAUAAAAUAAAAUGCACAGCUGAUUCAUGUGGCUUCAUUGUCAGCAAUUGUUUUUAAAUUGUAGUAAUAAUGAUUAUUUUUUAAAUUGCAUUUUUAUUUUUUUUAAACAAAACUCUAUGUGUCAGAAAUAUUUUGGGAACCUCAAGAAUAAUGACCGCCAGGAUAAUACCGUCCACUCGCCAAGGUACUCAUUGUUAUUUUGCCAUGAGAUAAUUUAUCAUUAGUAACUUUGGAUUAUUUUAUAUAAGAAUUCUUUGAAUUUCUAAGAUGGCGGAGACAAACUGGACGAACUACGAUGGGGAAAAAGGGGGGGGGGGGGCGAGGGGUUUGUAUGUUUUUGCAUGAGAUCUGGGGGGUUGGGUAGGGGGGGGGUGGGGGGGGGGGGAUCUAACUUCAUAUAGCGUAAUUAUAAUAAGGGUAAAUUUGAGAAGAGAAAAUGGAUAAUUAUGGGGACCAAAAGAAGAUCCAAAAAAAUAUUUUCAGGGUCGUUAAAAAAAAUUAAAAGAUGUCCUUCUCGGGAGCACAAAACGGUACGUUCUCUAAGAGUCUCGGGGACCACAAUUUCAUCAGAUCGCUGGAGGUCAUUUGAUUGCCUCUAAGGAGGAGAUCACCACCAUCUGACCCUUACCAGUUCAAACCCCGAAAUAAGCAGGCACACCAACCCUGUCGAGGUACCUGAAGAGCAAUAAGAAGAUCCCUGCCCAGGAGAACCUUCACUGGGGCAGAGCAGUUGAAUUAAAUUUUACGUGAGUGUUUGAAACCGCUUGUCUGGCAUUAAUUACAAAAUGAUUAAAAAAACAACAACUGCUUUUGCCUACAUUGCGAUGUAAGUUUAGCAUGUGGUUUUAACCCUUCUUACAAAAUGAUUAUUUAAAAUCAAAUAUUCAUUCAGUUUCAACGUGUUCUAUUGCAAUCACUUAUAUUGCAAUCACCUACAUUGCAAUCAACUAUCUUUAUGGACAGAGUUUCUGUAAUUAUUUAAUCACAUUUCAAUUCAGAUUUAAAUCAGUGUGUCCCUAUUACGGGCGUAAGUACCAUGACAGGGGUGGUGAGGAGGGCAAUAUGAAAACUAUGGGGGACAUUCCAUAUUUGAUAGGAAAUGUAUUUACGUUUUUUUUUUAUUGCAAUACAAAUAUAUUUCACAUAUUGCAAGAUUUAUCAUACAACUUUGAAUAAUCUCGAGGCCUAAACAAACCACAAAGUUAAAUUUCAUUGGUCCUUGUUGAGGUAUAUAGCCAGGGUUGCAGAUCGCCCAUAAAUUUAGGGUACGUACAAAGAGAUUGUACCAACAUAAAUAUAGUAGUAAUUUUGAGGAAAUAAUUUUAAUAUUUGCAUUAAGAGUUACACAAGAUAGGUGACGUGGGAGGUUGGACCACUAUAAUAAAAAUACAACUUAGGGCGAGUAGUUUAAUUGUAUGUUAGACAGACGCUGAUUGCAAAUUUUACAGUUAAGUUUUGGUAGAGGAGCCUGUCAGCAGACUAGCUUGAGAAUGAAAAGCUCAACAUGCGCUACAUAUGGUGCAAUAUCAGGCGCAGUUAGAGAUUUUAAAGUAUUUAAAAAGUAAAAUCCAUUCAAACUGCAUACGGCAUGGCAAAAAAAGAGUCAGUGAGUUUGAAAUUGCUCGCAGGUCGUUGUUUACGGGGCUUGAUUUGAUUUUCUAAACAUACGUCAUAAGCAAAUCAGAAUAAAAAGUUAAGAGUUAUACAAUCUUGUUCUAUUUUUUAUUUUGAUUAAUAUACUAUACUAAAGUAGAACAAAUGUAUAUAUUUAAAAAAAUUGAUACGCUUUCUUCGGCGGUAAGCUUAGCUUUUACAAGGCUACGUUUAGCUUACCGCAGUCGUAAACGUAGCAACUCGGAUCAAUCAAAGGUUACAGGCGGUCAUUUGACGUCAGCAGUUUGAGUGUACUUCGAUGCACACAUUUUGUUAGGUGUUUACGACAGUGCGUAGCACAAUCUGUUAAUAAUAGUUUAUCUCGACUUGAGGAAGGGAACAUACGUGCUGUUGUUAUUAAAAUUUGUGUAGUUUUAUUUAAAAUCCAGAAUGGCAGAGGAACGGAUUAUACGUGUUGGGACAAGAAAAAGUCAGGUAGGUAGUAAUAAUUUUAAAAUAAGUAAUUUUGCCAAUUGGCUACUUACUACUAAGAGUAAGAAAGAGUAAGAGUAAGACUAAGAAUUCUAAGUAAGAGGCUACGUUAAAGUAAAGUAUACUACUUAAAGUUGAAGUACUUAGACUUAACUAAGAAGAGUAAGACUUAUGCCAUGCCAUUGUCAAUUGUUGACUUACUUAGUUUUACAUCCUGUCCUAGCUAAACUGUAGUCUGUAGUACUAUUAAAAGUUAUAGUUAUACUAUAACUUAUAGGCUUCUACUUCUACUUCUUCUAUACUUACAGAAAUAGAAACAGUAGUUAAAGUAGGCCUAGCCAUAAUACUGUUCUGCUGUACUGGUAUUACUACACAUUUUUGCACUAGGCACUAGGCCUAAUCUAUAUUCACUUCACACUAUUCACAGUGUUUACUAACCUUAGCCUUAUACCUAAACUAGGCCUAGGCAACUAAAAAUGCUUUAUUCCCCCCCCCCCCCCCUUUUUAAAAAAACAAAAAUAUUUUUUAGAGGAUGACCUAAAAAUAAAAAGUGAAAAACGAGAUCAGAUAUUUAAAUUUAGUUAGUGUUAGGCUUAUAAAAUGUAUGUCUUAAGUUUCAGAGUCAGGAAAAUUGCAUUUCUAUUUAUCUAUAUCAGGUUGUUUGGACUCUAUGUCAAUGUCUAUAUUCAUUUAAGUUGGGGGGAAAUGCUGCUAAAAUUAGUAGUUACUUAUAUUAUAUUAUACUAUGCAUGAUCAGUAUUGUCAUUAUUGAUAUGAUGUAUGUGUUUUAAUGUUUUAUUAUAUUAAUAUAGUAUAUGCUUAGUAAGUUAAGAGUAAGUUUAUCAGUAUUAUUAUUAGCAUUAACCUGUUUACACUUAAAAAAACUUGUGGGCUCUACUCUGUAUUUGACAUUUUUUGUCUUAAGUUUUAUAAAACUUCAUGUUUCAAUUCUAAACCUAAUUAAAGUUAAUACUUUUUAAAAGUUAAAUAGGGCUACUUGUCUUUAUUUAAUUAAUUUAAUAUAAUAAUACAUUAAUAGUAAGGCACAUAUAUGUUUAAAGUUUAAGUUAGUUUAACAAAGUAAGUUGGCAUACAUUAUUAAAAUUACUAAAUUCAUGAUUCUUUUACUUUUAAUUGUUUUCCAAUACUGAUGAUCUUUGAAUUACCUAUUCCAAAAUAUAUGUAGUAACUUUCUUUGUGAAGCACUAAUGAACCUCCAUAUUUCUGAUCAUAAUUAUAUCAAAUUCUAUGUGUCUUGCUAGCUAAAUUUGAAGAGCAUAAUUUUUAUGGUGCAAAGCUUAUGGCUAUUCUGGUCAGAUUUGUUUUCUGGAAAUGGUUCCUAUUUAAUUUUUUGGUUAGUUUACUUUGUUAAUUUUACUCACUUAUAUACUUAUAUAAUGACUCAUUCAAUAUUAUUUGAUUAAUUUCUUGAGUAUGAUUUUUAAAUUAAUUUUAAAGUUUGAAAGGGGCAAGAAAUAACAGUAAAUAAUAUUAUUAUUAUCUUCAUCAAAUUUAGCAUGUACGAAUAUUUAAAUAAUAGUGCAUAGCGGGUGCUGACAUGGCCACCCGGAUAUACCUAGUAUUACGCAUCCAGAAAAUAUCUGGACCCAGCCAGGUAUUAAAAAUUCACAUCUUUUAAAAAUAAUUUUUUGUACUACUACCAAACAGAGACCAGUAGCACUCAUGCUUCUAACACAGAUCCACUCCAUGUUUGAUUUUUUUUUUCAAAGUGUUAGGGUUAUAACCUUUUUCCAAAUCACUUAUACCUUUGUCAAAUCCAAUAUCUUAAAUUACAUAACAUUGAGAGUACCGUACAUGCUUUGUGGUCUCAUUAUCAAGUUGCGUCAAUAGACUUUAGUUUACAAGGGCGAUAAAGCUUUUUUGUUAUUCAGAGUCUAGUUCAGUGACAUCUGGAUGGCUGUGCGGUCUGAGCUGAGUCAAUUCCAAUCUUGUGGACUGGAGUUCAUUCCCCACAAAAGCCUAAACAAGGAAAAAUCCUUGUUCUCUCCAGAUGCAAUUGUUAGAGAUUGCCUGGUGAUGUUUUCUGGGGGUGAAGAAAAGCCCUAACUGUCUCCUCCUUUUUCCUUAUGAUGUCUUGAGCAAUAGGCUCUUGGUAUGUCUUCUCCAUGAAGUAUUUGAUAAUAUUUAGCUAUUUUAUGUUCAGGAUUUGUUAAAAGGCAAGUUUUUGUGAAACACUCCUCUUUUUACAGAGUUUUUUUCGAGUUUCAGUUUCAUUGAAUAGGAUUGACGUGACAUUAGUGGUGCAAAUUUAUAACUUUACUUUGCAGAGCAGCUUCUUUUAUUUCCAUAUUUUCUUUUACUGCACAAUUGCUGACCUGGCCUUUCCAAAUCGAGCCCUAAAAUCUGCUUUUGAACCGCCAUUUGGGUCAAUGGUGCUUCCCGAGUUGUUGAAGGCCUCCACCUCUUCCUGUGUAGAGUUGUUGAAGGCCUCCACCUCUUCCGGUUGUAUUUCCUUCCCAAGGAGAUCUGCUCUUGGGUAGUUGUGUUUAUGUUCACGAACUUUGUCUUGCUUCUAUUUAUUUUGAGUUCAACUUGUGCUGAAAUAGUGGCUAAAUCUCUUUUCAUUUUCCUGCUUGUGUUGUUGAUCGUGGGAAAGAAGUACAAUUUCCUCUGUAAAGUCUAGGUCGUUCAGUUAUUCCCAGUAUCCCGUUCCACCUUUUGACUGAAGAUAUCGAAAGGGAGGAAAUAUACACCCUUUGUCUGACUCCCGUUUCCAUGCGUAAUAGGAAAACAUUAAAAAUACGAGCCAGUGGUGAGUGUGAUUUGCCCAGCAGCUCUACAUGUAGAGAUAACUAUUUUCUGAGACUUGUGAUAUUUCCCAUUCAAGUUCCACACGAGAAUCCCGCUAUGGGCCACGAGUCCUUAGUUUAGAGACAAGCAUUAACUAGAAACGACAUGUCGACACUACGUACGGAUGGGCGCUUGAGGGUCUUAACUGUUAACAUUCUUGGGAGCCUCACUUUAAUGAUACAUAUUUUGUUUCGCGAAUUCCGCCUGUUCGUGUUUUUUUACUUUGUGUUGGUGAAAAUCAAUGGUUACUAUUCUGACAUCUAGUUAUCAUUGAAAAGAUGUCGACACCCCACGCUUGCUCUGUUAUUAGUGGUUUUCCCAGGGGUUUGAGCCGUCCGUUGGGUUAAUAUUUCAAACGGCCCAUUCCACGAAAACACAUAGAAAAAGGUGCCACCAGGGGCUGGCCGCCCCCGCCUCCCCACCCUUACUACGCAAGUGCCUGUUACGCUUUCUGAGGUUGGUUUUAAGGGCGUACGGACAUUUCAUCUUUGGCACGUCACGUCAUUGCUCUUGCUGUAGGGCACUCGCGUCAAUCCGGGUUUACACCCGCGAAAGCUACUUCCCUGUGGCCACUAAACCGGCGGCUCUCAAACAUUUGGCACAUCACACCACUUGAAUAACCCGCUAUGACUUACUCCUCCACAAAGUAGUAAUUUGUUCGUACUUAGGACUGGAUAUCACUAUGCGUAGUUGAAUUGUGUGUCGUCUCCUCUCCGUGUAGCACAUAAUAGUUAAAGUAAAGGACGUCUCAAAUAUACCACCAGGGGUACAUGUAAAAAUACCCUGAGAAUCAUCGCACGAAACAAGUCUCCAUAGUGCGAGAGUAAGAUGGUAAUUAACUCCUGGGUUUGGGUUUUCCUUGAUCCCCUCUCCAUUUGUAUGCAUUCAAUCUCUCCGCUAGGGGAAAGCUAGGGAUUUCGCGGGCCUGAGAUAACGCAUCUGUGUCACGUCUCUGGACGUGAUGGAGUUAUUCUCGUCAUUUUUAUCGUUGAGAUCUCGAGAUUUUGGUUUGGGAUUUGGUCAUGAUUUAUCUUUAAUAUUCAAGAUUCAUUUAAAGCCAUUAAAAAAAAAAGUAAUUUGGAAGAUUUAAGAAGCUGCUUACAUUUUGACCCCCCCCCCCCCAUGUCCUCCUUUUGCUUCAUCUGUUUAGUAAAUAUGCAGACAUUAAAAAAAAAAAAACAAACAACUUGACACUAUCACAUGUCUGUUAUUUGUUGCCACAAAGGGAAGCAGAGCGUUGUUUUCAUUUUCAGCCAACCAUGUUAAGACCGCCGUCAGUUUGUUAACGUAGAAAAACAAAUACAUCCAUCUGAGCUUUGAAAGAUAGAUAAACAGCGCCACCCCCAGACAGACAGCGCCCCCCUCCUUAAAAACAACAAUAAAACACCACUGUUUUUUUUUUCUUUCAGAAGUUAUUUUCAAGAACCGAGAAGUUAACAUGUUCCCACAAACGUGGACCCUACUUUAAGACUACUAGACAUAUAACAUAGAUUAUAAACAAGGAUGCGGACAUUGUACGGGGCCUAUGAAAACAUCUACUUAACAGUUUCUGACCUGUAGUAUUUAAGUCACCAAUAUUGCUUUAAAUACAAUGUUAUUGUUAAUAUUUUACGUUUGUUGCGCUGGCAAUAUACAUUAUAGCCCGGUAGUUCUCCAAGUGGGCGGUACCCCGGGGCCUGGGAGAUUUUAAGGGGCGCUAGGACACUUAAAUCGGGCGCUGUUGAUUUAUGUAGGAAAUAUAUUUCUUAAACUAAAAUGACGCCUACAUGUUUGAAAGAAAUAGUAAAUGCCAAUUGGAUUGUUGGUGUCAAAUAAUUGUCCAGGAUAUACAUCCUUCUAUUUCUUGUCACUCGACUAAGAAUGAACAAGACAUUUGAUGUGACUUCCAAACACUGGAAAUCAACACCGAGACAAUUUAUUACCAGGAUAUACAUCAUUCUAUUUCUUGUCACUCGACUAAGAAGGAACAAGACAUUUGAUAUGACUUCCAAACAGCGGAAAUCAACACCGAGACAAUUUAUUACCAGGAUAUACAUCAUUCUAUUUAGUGUCACUCGACUAAGAAUGAACAAGACAUUUGACGUGACUUCCAAACAGUGGAAAUCAACACCGAGACAAUUUAUUACCAGGAUAUACAUCAUUCUAUUUCUUGUCACUCGACUAAGAAUGAACAAGACAUUUGAUAUGACUUCCAAACAGCGGAAAUCAACACCGAGACAAUUUAUUACCAGGAUAUACAUCAUUCUAUUUAGUGUCACUCGACUAAGAAUGAACAAGACAUUUGAUAUGACUUCCAAACAGCGGAAACCAACACCGAGACAAUUUAUUAAGCUAGGCCAGUGGUCGGCAAAUCGCGGCUCGCGAGCUGCACGCGGCUCUUUAGUGACAUGAGAGCGGCAAAUCGGUUUUGACUCCAAAAUAAAACCUGGUUCUUGACAGGUUCUUGUUAAGAAAUUUGGCCCUCAAACAUUUCUGAAUCGUCCUGCUGCUGAUUUUUGUCUCUUUUGACCAAUGAGUUUGCAGACCACUGGGCUGGGCGUUAUGGGUUGACAAAACGUAUUACUUAUUAGUAUUAACUUGGCUUGACAAAAACAACAAAAAAAAAAAAAAAAAAAAACCACCCGACUGCCAUGUAUGUUCUUUAAAUAAAUUUGCAGACCACUGGGCUGGGCGUUAUGGGUUGACAAAACGUAUUUCUUAUUAAUAUUAAAUUGGUUUGACAAAAACAAAAAAAAAAAAAAAAAAAAAAAAACCACCCGACUGCCAUGUAUGUUCUUUAAAUAAUUUCAAUCUUAUCACUGGUGGCCAGUGUUAUAUAACAUUGACUUGUUCAUUGUUAAUUUGGUUGAACCACAAACAGUCGGUGUUUAAAGACUGAUCUUGUCAUAUCGAUAUCAAAUCUGUUACAUGAAAGUUUGGAGUAAUAAACAUAAAAAACAACAACUUACUAACUUACUUAUUCAGUAAGUACGGGGUAGGGGAGGGAAUUUUCGCAUAACGAAGCAGUUCCUCCGCGAUACGAAACUGACAACUUGUCAUACUAUUGACACCGUUGGCUGUUGAAACUUCCAAGAUGUCUUUGUUAUUCUGUUGGGUAAAAAAAACAAAACGCAGUCAUUAGUGCAUUGCAUUAAAUUUAAAGCGCUAACUCUCAUUGACGGACCAUUGCUAGCGUGAUGUGUUGAGAAGGGUGCAUAUUGUGCUGCUUUAUUAAUGACACUCGUUGGCACAAUGGGUUCUCCAGGUGCUGCCUGGCAUAAUGGCUUCUCUAGGUGCUGACUGGCGCAAUGGCUUCUCUGGGUGCUGACUGGCACAAUGGCUUCUCUAGGUGCUGACUGGCACAAUGAAUUCUCUAGGUGCUGACUGGCAUAAUUGCUUCUCUAGGUGCUGACAGGUACAAUAGAUUCUUUAGGUGCUGACUGGCACAAUGGCUUAUCUAGGUGCUGACAGGUGCAAUAUAUUCUCUAGGUGCUGGCUGGCAUAAUGGCUUCUUUAGGUGCUGACUGGCGCAAUGGCUUCUCUAAGUGCUGACUGGCCCAAUGGCUUCUCUAGGUGCUGACUGGCGCAAUGGCUUCUCUUGGUGCUGACAGGUACAAUAGCUUCUCUAGGUGCUGUCUGGCACAAUGACUUCUCUAGGUGCCGACUGGCAUAAUUGCUUCUCUAGGUGCUGACAGGUACAAUAGAUUCUCUAGGUGCUGACUGGCAUAAUGGCCUCUCUAGGUCUGACUGGCGCAAUGGCUUCUCUAAGUGCUGACUGGCGCAAUGGCUUCUCUUGGUGCUGACUGGCACAAUGGCUUCUCUAAGUGCUGACUGGCACAAUGGCUUCUAAAGUGCUGACUGGCACAAUGGUUUCUCUAGGUGCUGACUGGCACAAUGGCUUCUCUAAGUGCUGACUGGCACAAUGGUUUCUCUAGGUGCUGGCGUGCACAAAUGCCUCUUUAAGUGCUGACUUUAAAGUCAUUACAUAUGAUAUUGCUUAUAAGCCAGAAAUAUGUGCUAAAUUUUAAAAAAAAUAUGUAUCAGAGGCAGUUUAAUGAGACCAAUCUUUCUGCAAGCAAAUCGGUCUCUCUUACUUUGGAUUAAACCUAGGGCCGUAGGGGAGCCUGAUACCGGGCAAUACCGAUUAUUAGCGCACCCGGCAACAAAUAUUGAUCUUCUCAAUUUCCGCAAUGUGUUCCAACCAGUGGGGAUUAAACGAACAUUUCACCUAUAGAACCAGUACAUUUUUUUUUUCCGUUACAUUUCACCGGAAUGCCAUUUUGAUCAUUUCAGAUGACUGGUUCGUUAAGUACACAAAUGAUAAUGAUUGUAGUGACCAAAAAAUAAUAAUAACAAUAAAAGCUGAACGUAAUGCCAUAUCUAUCAUGUUCUGACAAGCGUAACUUUAAGGCCCGUGUGCCGUUAUAAACUUUACAACUUUAUGAGAGCGGUUUUCACCGUUCAUUUUUUAACAUUUUACCAUUAUUCAGCCACCAACCUUUACUUUUAGGGUAAUUCCCCGGGAAUUUAGAGACCCUAGCGGCUAGUCGUUUCUGAAGAAAGAACAUGUGACCAUUGGCGUCCGUGUGUGUCUUUGUGUGUGUGUCAGACCUGUUUACCCUCAAACUCUUAAAAUCGUAGAAAAACAUCACAAAAUCGUUCAAUACGUUAUAUUUAUAGUAAAAAAUUAACAGUGUAUACAAUCUAUAUGCCUAAAAAUCGUACAUUGUACGCCAAAAUCGUAAGAGUAAACAGGUCUGGUGUGUGUUUGUGUUGGGGGUAGGGCAAGUAUUGAAAGCUCCGCCUUUCCCCGUGUCCUCCUUUCAGUCCCCAUCCCAACACUUGCCGUUACAUUCAUUUUGAAAUAGAAAUUUUUAGAGGUAUGCCACUGUAAUGCCACUAAGUAUUAAAUAAUUUAAAAAAACCCCCCUCCCCACCGACGAUUAUGGUAUGUUCUUUAAAACAAGUGUGUAUGUAAACAUAAUACAUGCGUUUAUUAUUUUAACAACCAAAAUAGAUGUACCAUCAGGCAGAGCGGUCGUUUUUUCGUGGGGCCCCCCCACCCCCCGUUGAUUUUUUAAAAUUUGUUUUCUCAUCGCAACUUUGUGCCUCUUAAAUAUCAGAGGCCCUCUGGGGUCGCAGGGCUCUCGUGACGGCUUUGCUAUCAAAAUGGUUCUGGAGUGGCUCGCCAGCGUCUGUUAAGAUGUCAUUUGCUGCUGUUAUUCAGAGUCAUGCGGUUAUGACUGCUGGUGUAUUAUUGGGCCGUUUCCAUGCACCGUCAACAUUAGACCUCGCUGUGUCUGGGACGUCUUUAACUACAAAACACGGCAGGUCAAACGGUGUUCACGGCAGGUCAAACGGUGUUAACGGCAGGUCACACGGUGUUAACGGCAGGUCACACGGUGUUAACGGCAGGUCAAACGGUGUUAACGGCAGGUCAAACGGUGUUAACGGCAGGUCAAACGGUGUUAACGGCAGGUCAAACGGUGUCAACGGCAGGUCACACGGUGUUAACGGCAGGUCACACGGUGUUAACGGCAGAUCAAACGGGGUUAACGGCAGGUCACACGGUGUUGACGGCAGGUCACACGGUGUUAACGGCAGGUCACACGGUGUUAACGUUGAUAUCACGUGGAGGAGACUGGACCAGUGUUAGGACAAAGCUCUCGCGUUGCUCUCAAACACACACAGUUCACUCUCUUGGCCCUCACAAAAGUGCGCCGCCCUUGUCGUGGCGCGGCUAGAGCAAAAACUGAUGCUGUGCUGGUUUUUGGACACUGCGUAUGUCAGAAGAGAGGAAACGUGAUUUACGUGUGCACUUUUAGCCGGGAGGAUCAUAAAACAGUCUGCCCCCCCCCCCUUUUUUUUUUCCUUCAAGCUCUCUGUAUUUGGAUUAUACAGCGCAAAGUUUUAGUUUCACAGACCCGUAAAUGAGGUCCCGUUGAUUGAAGGCUUACAACAAAUAUGAACGACUUUAAGCUGUGGUCGUGUCAUUUUAAUGUACAACUUUGACAUGGUAAGACAUCUGACCAGUUCUCCCAUAUAUGUCAUAAGGAUCAGCAUUGUAAAAUGCGGGUUUAAAAAAAAAAUAAUUUUUUUUGGUGCUUUUUUUUUUUUUUUGGCAAUGGAAUCUGUGCGCGUGGUGGAUUAUUCGCCAUUUAACAAUGUCACCAUGUACAUUUUACGAUUUAAAAAAUCAACCUGUAAGCAAUUGCAAUUUAUAUUCCAAACUAAUUUACAGUUGUUGGACAAAAGAAUUGGAACAAUGAUUGGACCGCUUAGGCUAAUUUGAAUUACAUUAAAAAAAAUAGCACAUUCCCUUCUCAGGCUUUCACAAAACUUGUUUGACUCAUCUCCUGUGGUUUUUUGUUUGUUUGAUUUUUUUGCUAACCUGAUGGCAGUCUCUCCCCCUUAUUACCAUGUACACUGCUAGCAGGAUGUUUCAGCUAUGCAAGUAUAUUGCUAGAAGGCUGUUUCAGUUAUACAUGUUCACUCCUAGAGGGGGUUUACAGCUAUACUUGUAAUAUUGCUAGAAGGUUGUUUGAACUGUUCAAGUACAUUGCUAAAAGUAUGUUUGAACUAUGCAUGUACAUGGCCAGCAGGAUGUUUCAGCUAUACAUGUACACGGCCAGCAGGAUGUUUCAGCUAUACAUGUAGAAUACCAGAAGUAUGUUUCAGCUAUACACUAUACAUGUACACGGCCAGCAGGAUGUUUCAGCUAUACACGUACAUGGCCAGAAGGAUGUUUCAGCUAUACAUGUACAAUACCAGAAGGAUGUUUCAGCUAUACAUGUACACGGCCAGCAGGAUGUUUCAGCUAUGCUCGUACACUGCUAGAAGGAUGUUUCUCGUUAUACACUGAGAGUGCUCUCACGUUCAAGCCGCUCGCUAGUUAUCACAUUUAUUUACCGCCCCGUUUCUUUAUGCCCCCCUCUGAAGAAUAGAAAUGGUUUAACUGUUAGCAGAUUGGUGUGUGGGGGGGGGGUGUCGUCACUAUCUGUUUUUGACCAACCCUGGCUUAGAGAAGUAAUGGCAUGCACUGAAGCCCAACUAUCUGUAUCAGAUUCAGCGCAGUAACGUCAUUUAGUUUUAGUUUUAACGUUGGGAGGAGCUAGGGUCAGGGUUCAUCAUUACAGCUGCCCUUGAACUUGAAAGGGUUGUAGAUAUAACGAAGAUGUUGUCGAGGACGAAAAGUGCUAAACACCCCCCACCCCCGUUGAGGGUGGGUCUCCCAGGCUACCGCUUCGUCCCCGUCACUGGCUAGUUCUUGUGAUGCGUUUACGGAGGGGCCCAGGAGUGCACAGUACCACAUUAGGAAUAAACACUUAUUAUGAUCUAAGUGGUCGACAGCUCUGAGGAAACGUUCGCCAGAAGGUGCCGGUGUAGACCCCCCUAUCUGCGUCGGGGGGCGAGCCGAUCUCUCCUCUGUAAAAAGAGGGUUGCUGCUGCGAAUUUGGGCUCUCGGGGUUUUUAUUUUUUUUUUUGNGGGGGGGGGGGGGGCAUAAGAGCUUCGGGUCGCUGUCAUUCCUUAUGAACGAUUUUCAAUUUGAGAUCUGAAAUUGUAGUCUGUUGAGCCCUGAAUGGUGGGGAUAUUUCAAGUAAAAUAACGCUCAGCGGGAUAAGACACAAAUUAAAUAUGGCUUGAUUAUUGAUGGAGUUUUCAUCUGACGGUACUUGUUGCCUGAUAUGAUGGAGUGUCGUAGCUAGGGGUUAGUGCCGCGGGUCAAGAUUUUAGCCGCUCCCUUCCACGAAACAAACUCUGCGGUUUACCGAAAAUGCAGCUCUUCAUUAUAAAGAAAAAUGUGCCGCUCGUAGGGGGGGGGGCGGAACGGCCCCCUCCGUACCUCCUUUGUUACGCCACUGGUUUGAGGGCUUUGCUUCGUUCAAGACCACGGUACGCAAAUGGCUUAUCGGCUUCUGAAUUCGUGCGUUCAAAAUAUGUAAACCUCACCGUCCCCCCCACCCCUUCUUUUCCCGUAACAAAGUUAGCUGCACUCAUAGCCUUUAUCCCAGGCACUUUUGAACCAGUCAAGACUGCCCUUAUAUUACUAUAUUCAAGAGAAGUAUACGAUUUAUUUCAACACGGAGGCCAGAAGUCAUUAUGCUGUUAAACCUUAAAAACAUAUUAUUUACCAACCUACGAGCCUUGCUCCGAGGACCACAUAUGUGGGUCUUACUGCUCCCCGCUGCCGUUCAGAUCGGGCCCAAAGUGCGCUGCCUAAAUCCAUGUCAGUCACGUACUCCAGUGAGCCUUGAAGAAUCACGCAUACUCAUGUAAAAGCUGCUGUUGUUCAGUAUCGUAUGCAGAUGUUGAAGCAAAAUGCACUCAGCCCCCCCCCCCCUUUCAAAGUCAGAUCAGUUUUUGUGAAUGGGCCUACUGGGUGGCUAGACGUUGUCAUAGGUUCCCUUCAUCUUAAAAAUCCAUGGCAGUCACGUUCUCCAGUGAGCCUUGAAGAAUCACGCAUACUCAUGUAAAAGCUGCUGUUGUUCAGUAUCGUAUGCAGAUGUUGAAGCAAAAUGCACUCAGCCCCCCCCCCCCCUUUCAAAGUCAGAUCAGUUUUUGUGAAUGGGCCUACUGGGUGGCUAGACGUUGUCAUAGGUUCCCUUCAUCUUAAUAAUAUCGUGUGCAUUUGUCCUCUUUUGUAGCUACCUCAUGAAGGCAUUAAAAAAAAACAACUAAUGCUUUUCAAUCAUUCUGUCAAUGUUUUAGAAGUUAUAUUUUUUGUCCAAAUGAUGUGUAUAUUAGUAUUUUUCCAUCAAAACUCUAUUCUCCAUUAUUUCAUGUCACAUUUGUUUGAAAAACAACCACAUGUAUCACAAUGUGGCUAAUAUUACAAAGAGGCCGAAUGGAACUGUGAUUAUAAGCAUGAAAAAAUGUAGAGAAUCUUGCACGCAAUGUAAGCUGAAGUUUUAAAACAAAUUUAUUCAGGUUUGUAGCCAAGGAAAAUACCAAAUAGGGGAGCAACGAUGCCCCCCCCCCCCGAUGCCCCCCCCCCCCAGCUUCCUCUUUCUCUCUAUCACACAAAUUUAAUCCUCUUUCUCUCAAUCUCUCACAAAGUUAUACCUAUUUCUCUCUUUCCCAUACACAUUAUAUAGACAUAAUCUCACCCUCUCUCACAAAAUUUUAAGACCCAGCUGUCACACUGUCUCACUAUCUCAUACACCAAUAUUGGACACAGACUCCCUCUUUUCUCUCUCUCUCUCUCUCUAUGACACACACAAUGAUAGGACACAAUCUCAAUCUCUCCUCAAAUUUAGGAAGGAAUCACUAUUACUCUCACACAACUACGGGACACUAUAUUUUCCCUCUCCACACCCCAGACUUAUUGAACAUAAUUCAUUCAAUAAGCUCCAAAAAAAAUUCUGUUAGUUGUCACUUUUUGAAUUGAAUCCCCAAUUAUAAAAUCAAAGGAUAUUUCAGAUAUCAAGAAAAUUCAGUUAAAUUUAUGAGGGAAAAAAAUCUAAAUAUAAAAUACUUAGACCAGCUUAUAUUUAUGUGGGUAUCAUGCUUAUUUAACACUUAUCAUUGUCCAUUGUUUUUAUUGUGUUUUUUAAAAUUGUUGAUUGGAUGAUUGAUAAAAGUUUUUAAUGAUUGUUUCCCAUUGUCCCCCACAGCUGGCCCUUAUCCAAACAAACUCAGUGAUACAGAUGCUGCGGGCGUUAGACCCGACUCUCAAAUUCGAGACUUGUAAGUCAAAAACAUGUUUACUUAUCAAAUUUUGAACGUAAAACCUUUCGCCCCACUAAAAGGUAACAAAGAGGAGUUUGUUGAUGAGAGGAGUUUAUGCUAUUUGUUAACCUUCUAAGUUUCAAUUAAGCAAAUACUUGGGGAAAGAAACAAAAUUAAAAAACAAGAUUCUAGUUAAUUUUUUUGUUUAUUUUGCUAUUUUAAUUAAAUAAUUCCUUAACAAUAAUUAUUCAGCUUAUAAAUGAAAUAUAUCUAUAUAUAUGUUAUCAUGUUAAUAAAAUAGAUGCCUAAAGCAAAUGAGUAUUUAUUAUUAAAAGAUAUGUCUUGUCAUAUUUUUCAGUGCCCAUGACAACAACAGGUGACAGAAUCCUUGAUUCAGCACUAUCAAAGGUAAUCUUGUCUUUUUGACAGAGUUUUUUUUAUGGCUACAAUUGUUUUUUAAAUUUGUUUUUGUUGUAAGUUAAUAGUAUAUUUAGGUCAUCUAGAUUUGACUGGUGCGCUUUGCGAGGUUAAAGUUCAAUAUUUGGGACUAAAACGUUUAAUUUUUUAAUGAUUUUGGAAUUAAUAUUAAAUACGUGCUGCACAGAUGCAAAUUUUGAGGCUGUAUUAAGUGAUGUUAUCAAACAGUGUUAGAGCUGUACUUUUGCCAGCUAUUAUGUAGGUAUAUUUGCUGUUAAAUGACAUUUUGUGAAAGGGCAAGGCACUUCUUCAUCUCCAAAAGUUGGUGAUGCCCUUUUGAAAACAUAUUCGCAUGCAAAAGUUUUUUUAUUAUAUAUAUUUUAUGAUUAUAGCUUUGUGUUUACACACGGAAAUCUUAUCAGCCCUUUAAUGGUAUUAAACAUAUUGUUGUUUACAUUGAUAAAUAAACAAAUCAUAAUUGAAUUCUGAACCUAGUAGUAUAUGAAAUCAAUUAAAAAAUAUUCUAGCAAUAAUCCAACUAACGUAACAAUUUGCAAACAAGACCAAAGACAGAUAGCAAAUUGAAGGAUGGUGUUUGGUGUAUGGUUCAAUCUCAUUUAUUUAAAGAUAGGAAAAUUGCACAUUGUUGAGCAGCUCAAAUAUUUAAAAACUAUAUCUUGAAAUCAGGGCUGGUGAGUCUAGUUGAAAACACAAAUGCACCAUAUGCUGCUGUCACUCAUUACGUUGGUUAUCUUGAAUUAUUUCUAAAUUUUUGUCUGAAAAAGAUUGAACUUUUGAAAUGUUUUUUUUAUUUUUUUUAUUGAGUAUGUGUGUGUAUGGUUUAGUAUAAAUUUUAUAUGACACCAGCUUGGACCAAGAAAUGUUUGAAAUAGGACAGUGAUUAUUUUAACACUACCUUAUAGGAAAUAUUAUUUGCAUCUGGUAUCUAGUUUUUUCAGGGGGGGGGGGGGGGGGGGGGGGGGGUUGUUGUGUGGGGUGUGUUUUUUUUUUUUUUUUUUUUUUUUGUUUGUUUUGUUGUGUUUUUUAUAUUUUUUUUAUACACCCAUUUGGUACAAAAAAUUUUUAAAAAAGGAAUUUUUUUUUUUUUCACCCAUCUUUUGAGAAAAUUUUUUUUUUUUUUUGUAUUUUUUUUUUUGGGGGGGGGGGGGGGGGAGAUAGGGAGAUGGAGGAUGAUAUGAUGAGUUCAGUUAUUUAUUUUUUUUUUUCAAAUAAUGAAAUGUGAUCAGAUUUUGUGUUUGUUUGUGUCUAAGUGAUUAUGAGAGGGUGGGGAUGCAACGCAAAUGGAGAAAUAGCAAACUUUUUAAUUAAUGAAAAUGUUAUUUGUAUUAUUUUGAAAUAUAUUUUUUAAAGUCUGUAAUAAAUGUCUUUUUGCUUCUUAUUUGAAUAGUCCUAUUUUAACUACCAUACUUAUCAGAUAGCAUGGAUAAUCAGCUGAAGAGUGACACUACUCAAAGAUAAAAAGUAUCACAUGCUGGAUAAUGCAAUGAGUGCCUGUUAUUUAUUGUGGAUACACAGCAGUGACAGAAUCCAUCUGAUUUACUCAAUAACCUUUAUAGGGUACAAACUCUUAAAUUAAAAACAAUUUUUUUUUUUUCGGGGAGAAAAGUGGGGUUGUUUGGCUUUCUUAUCAUUGGUCGCUGCCAUGGCUAGGUUAUGUAAGCACAGACUGGAGGACGAAACCAUAAAUUGAAAAGAAAGAAAUGAUUCUGAUUGAAAAUAUGCUAUUUAAAAAAAUGUAUAUUAGUGGAUCUGUUUUAAUUAGAGGUUAGAAAAAUCAAACGGGUGAGGAAUACCCUUGAAGUGGACAAAAUUGGAGGGUAUCCUAUGGCAACCUACUAUGUCUUACAAAAAUUUGGACAUACUCAAUAGGUUUAAGAAUUACAUUAUAAAAUGUUUCUACAGAUAGGAGAAAAAUCCCUUUUCACGAAAGAGUUGGAGAAUGCUCUUUUAAAAAACCAAGUCGAUUUCGUUGUGCAUUCCCUUAAAGAUCUGCCAACAACAUUGCCUGAAGGGCUAGUUAUUGGAUGUGUAUGCAAGUGAGUAUCCCAAUCGCAAAUGCUGUGUUUGUUUUCUGUUGUAACAAAGAUGUUCCCAGCUGAUUUCUGCACUUGUGGCAAUAAAUGGUGUUGAGCAUCAACUCAUCGGAGAAGAAUUAGAUUAACAGAUAAGAGGAUCUUAUGACAGAUACACACAUUCACCUACAGCCAGGCAGGGAUGAAUCAUUGACAGUUUUGGUAGGGUUUAAAUAAAAAAAAAAAUAAUAUGAUUACGAUGAUGUGAUACGCUUCUUAUUUAAGGUUUGUAUUCUACAUCCUGAAGGGUUUUUCCAUAGCAAAUAGCCAAUGUUCUGCUAUCAUUACAUUUAAAUUAAAUUUAUAAAAUGACAUCUGGUAUGUUAUAAAACUUUUAAUCUCCAAACAGAAUUCAAGGUGGUGGAUGAAAUGUUCUGGGACCAUGUCAUUUCAUAUUACAUAAGAUUAUUAUAGUACUGGCUGGGGCACCAUAAGCCUGUAAAAUACAAGAAGAACUGCAUAAUCUAUAAUGAUAAUAAUUCCAGAUGGUGCUCCAUAUAUCCACAAGUGCUUAGUUGUAUUUUUUUCUUUUGGUGCUUACAUAAUCAAUCGCAAGAUGGGAGAAGCAGCGGAUGAACAAGCAGCACUGUGUGCAAUGAGAGCGGGGUGGGCAAGAAAGAUCCACUUGGGAAUUAUUAUUGUAGAUGGUGACUUUUGCAAAUCAAAUCUUUGUUUAAGAAGAUAUUGUUAUUUUUCAACAGACGAGACAAUCCUUAUGAUGCAAUAGUCUUGCACCCAAAACACAGAGGUAAAACCAUGAAAGAUUUACCUCCAGGAAGGUUAGUUUGGAUUUAUAUCAAAUAUUUUAUUUGGGUGGAUGAACAUUUUCAUUGAUAGCCUCAGAUUUGUCAGAGUUUAUUUGUAUUUACUAUGAAAUGAACAAUGUAAGUUUUUUCUUUUAACUUAUUCUUCUUCUAAACUCAGUUUUUUGGUAACAGUGCUACAUGUAUCCACAGUGUUAUUGGUACAAGUUCUUUGCGACGUGCCGCACAAGUUCAAAGACUGUACCCUCAGUACAAAAUUGAAAAUAUUGUAUCCUUUCAGUUCUUUUAAAUGUUAUGUUUUGUGUGGAUCCACCAUAAAACAAACCUCCCAAAAUUAUCAUUUAAAUUUAUAUUUGUUACAGUAGUUAAGUGUCUCGGAGGGAAUAAAGUGGGAUUAUCAUAAAUGAUUAUUGACGUAUUAUGUAAUUAAAAUUAAUACCCUAACAAAAAAAUAUUUAAACUUCUCUGGGUAUUUAUAUCACUAAGCAUUACAUUUUUCUUUUUUAAAGUUUAAAAAUUUAGUCAUCGGUUUUUAAAAUGAUAAUUACUCAAAUUUAUAUCUUUUUAGUAAAUCUUUAAAAAAUAUUUUUAUUUGAGGCGGCAGAAGGUAGAAUAUUAUUUUUUGCCUCUGAGAAACCCCUGGCAAUCUUAUGUGAAAAAAAAAAUUCCUUAUCAAUUAAAUUAUUUAAUGUGAUUCGUCAAGUAAUUUAAAAAAAAAUUUUAAAGUGGUUUUGUUAAAUAAAUUUAUAAUAGCAUUUUAUGUUGUGUUUUUAGUACCAGUAAUAGUCAUUGACUAAAUUUAUUUAAACCAAUCAUAAAAUUUUUAAAAGCACAGAUAACAUAUAUUCUUUAACUGCCAAUCAGAGAGGAAACCUAAAUACACGGUUCAAAAAAUUGUCUGAGGAUGAUUUUUAUGAUGCUAUCAUUUUGGCUGUAGCUGGACUUGAGAGAAUGGGAUGGCAAAGCUGUAUUUCACAAGUAAUUUCACUCUCUUACAUUUUUGUGUGUGUCCUAUUUAGUUUGUUAAAUCUUCUGUUGUUACAGUUACUUGAGUUACUAGAGAUAACAUUUCAUGGUUUUUUUUUGCUUAUCGUCAGUCAAAUUUUAAAAAACUGUCUUGAUUUAAACUCUUAAUUACUUUAAAAAAAAACAUUUGCAGUAUAUCACACUAAGAAAGUCUACCCUCAUUGUUAUUUUGCGAAAAGUUAUGGGAUAAAAACUGAAAUAAGUCUAUCACCUAUUCUGAUCCCAGCAAUUUUGUUUAAUUUGCUGUUUCAUUUUGCAUUACUUAUAAAGUUAUUAUUACUACGCCAUUUUAAAUAUACAUUUUAUUUGGGAGCACUUAUCUGCAUGUAAAUCAUUUGUGAACUGUCUAAGUACCUCACUGUGAACUGAGUUUUAUUCACAAAUAAGUACAUCUUAAAAUUUUUUAGGAUAAAAGCAAAAAACAAUUUAAAGCAAUAUGUGGACAUCUAACCUUGGUUUUUUCAAUUUUCUUGAUAGCAUUUUCUGAAACUUCCGUCUAUGUUUAAGUUUAUAAGUCAGGAAUGGACUAACUUAUCCUUUAAAAAUAAAACAAAAUAUAUUUUUUUCCAACAUGACCAUUAAAUACGUUAAAAUACAAUAUUUUUUAAUUCUCCAAAACUAUUAUUUUUUUAUUGCAAUUACAACUUACCAAACCUUCUGCAAUUAUAAUAGUAAAAUCACAGCUAUAAGUCUUAGUGCUGAAAAAAUCAUGUCACACUUUUGGUGAACGGUUAAUUGCUGCAUGAAGGAUCUAACAGCUCGCUUGUAUUAACAAUAACACAUACUUAUAAGGGAUGUUGGAAUUCAUAUUUGACCCAUACAGCAUGGCCGAUUGCAGGUUCUGACCCCAGAUGAGUGUAUGUAUGCUGUAUCUCAAGGCGCAAUGGCAGUUGAAUGCCGAGCUGAUGAUGAAGUAACAUUACAGCUACUACACAAAAUCCAUGACCACUUUUCAACUAUUGCUUGCAUCGCCGAAAGAGCCUUUCUUAGGAAGCUGGUAAGUAUCGAUGUGUGUGAAAUUAAAGAUAAAGAUUUAGCAUAUUUUGGGCUCAGUGCUUCAGGGGCAAGUUUCUGAUCAUUUUGUUUGUUUUGUUUCUUUCUAUUUUAGGAAGGAGGAUGCAGUGUUCCUGUGUCUGCAUUUACCGAAAUCUCGGAUUAUGAGGUAAUUAAUUGGGCUCUCAUCAAAUUGUUCAACCUUGCAACUCUUGUUGUCUCAUUUAUGUGCAUUGAAUGAAAUUUACAUGGUUUUGUUAUCCAAUGUGUUUUGAUGUCACCAGCGCCAUAUUCUUUAAUAAAGAAAAAGCAUAAUUUCAAAGUAAAGUUGUGUGAAUAGCAGCUCUGUCUUACACACUUUUCUGCCCAUAACAAGUAUCACCACUCAGUUUUUUUUUUAAAUUUACAGCUGAAUUCUUAAAGCAAAAUCAUCUUUAACAUCUUUAGUACUUGUAUGAUAUAUGACAUUAAAUAGUAAAAUUCUUUUUGCUCAUUCUUCAGAAAAAAAAGUAAAAUUAAAAACCAACUCACGGUUGAGCUUGAAUAAAGGCCACAAAAAAAUAUUGUCUGCCUGAAGCAGUGAUUAACUAAGGAAUACUAGAAAUCAAACUUUGAUCUGUAGAGAGGUAUACUUCUUUUGCCUUGUCAGACAACAAAUCUAUUGAAAGAAAGCUUAGUUUCUGUGGCAUAACAUUUUUGGAUUACACCUUUCUACAGACCCAGUUUCAUUGCUAAUUUGUAGUGUUCCUCAUUUUUAAAUCUUUUUUAUCAACUUCGCUUUUUUUUCGUAGCUGACUGGCUGGCAAAAUCUUCGGACGGCUAAUUGACCACUUCCAGUCAACCUAUCGAUCUUCAUUUUCCCCUUGAAAAACAGAAAUGAACUGAUUUUUGGGCAAUACUGGAUACGGAUACCAGUAACUCUCAAAAAUCGUUUUUCCCUGUUUUUCAAGGGGAAGAUGAAGGAAAUAUGAUGACACUGAUUUCUCGGGUGUGAAAAAAAAUGUGCGUCUGAGAGGGGGGGGGGGGGGGGCACUAAUUGGGAUUCUUAUAAAAUGCUUUAUUUGCAAGCAUGUUUUGUCCACAAAAAAAAUGCACUUGGCUAAAUAUUGAUUGGUAAUCGGGAGUGAAAUAAUCUGCUACUGGAAAAUGAUCAAGAUAUUUUUUUUCUUCUUGUUAUCUAACUAUUCUUCAUGUGCCGGUAUCAUCCUUUCAAUUUGUAGGCUGUGAAAAUUUUUAUAACAUUCAUUUGUUCCUUUGGAGACUGUAAGCCAAAGCUAUAGAUUAUCUAUGUCUUUUCCUAACAGAUGAGUAUUCGAGGAGGUGUUUUUAGCAUUGAUGGCAGUGAAGCUGUUCAGCACACAGUUGUUACUGACCUGAGAUUUCCAAAUGUCCCAGUAAGUUACAGAUGGCCCCCUUCUUCAAUGUGUUGCAUUAUUAGUAUUAUCUCAAAUGAUAAACAAGUUGAGAUUAUUUUUACUUUGAAAUCACAUAAAUUUAAUGGGAUCAGAAAAUAUUAAAUUUAAUUUCAAAUUCUGUGGUAUCUUUAGUCAUUAAAUUUGUAAAUUUUUGUUAAAUUUCAUAUUGUUUCAAGACAGAUAAACAUUUUUGGACUGCAUUUUAUUUAAUUCUCUAAUAUGGUACACUGAUUAUUAAUUAAAAUUUCGUAUACAGUAUAAUUAUUCUUUUGAUAUUUUUCAUUAUCGGUAAUAAUAUUUUUACCAGGAGUAUCUAAAAGUUCUUGCUUUUAAAUAUCCAUUUGUUUUUUCUUCUAAGAUUCCAUCUCAACAUGCUUUUGUGGGUAUCCACUGCCAAACACCCAGUAGGAAAAAUGAAUACACAUCAGCCUGGAUGGCAGGAGAAAUACUAGCAGAUGGAGUGAUUGCCCAAGGAGCGGAUGCUAUUUUGUCCAAGGCAAAAGCCACUUCAAAAGAAGAGAUCAUUAAGGAGCACGAGAAGAAAAAACAGGAGCAAUCCAACAGAGCCAUGUCAUCGGGUGAACCAGCGAGCUCCCUUGGUUACACCAGUAGCUUAAAUUAGGUACAAUUUAAGAAGUAAUAAUUGUAACAAAAUGAUAGAAUUUGUUCAUGACAUAAUUAUAAUUCCAUCACUGAUAAGGGAGUGCCAACUUUUUGUUUAGUUAACUAUUUUAACAAUAAUAAUUAUUAUUGUUAACAAUAGGUUCUCUUCAAUGAAAAACCUAAGAAUCUUAGCGUUUUAUUGUGAUAAAUGCAACAUGACAUGAUGUACUUUCUUUGUGAUACAAAGAAAUCUCCCUGAUAUCAAAUUCCUUAAAGUGAGGUGACCAGCUUCUAGUCUUAGAUGUUAUUUUCGAAGGAAUAUUAUCUUUCAAAUUAUAUUUCUGAAUGUAUAUUGCUUGUGAAUUUCAGAGGAGAAAGCCUUUGUCACUUGAUAUCCCAAACUUUUUUAAUGACAUUUUAAACCCAUUUGAUAUAGUAUGUAGUUAAAAUUUCAUUUUCAAACUUAGACAAUUCCAACUUUUCAAAAUGUUUACAUUUUCACUGGAGAAUAGGUAAAUAGCAUUCCCCAAACUGUGGUCAACAGACCAUCACCAGUCCAUAAGUCUGACAUAGCCGGUCUGCAGAGCAUAAAUAUUUAUUGUUAAAUAAAAAUAAAAAGUGUAAUUAAUAAAUAUGGCAUCGAUCCCUAGUGCAAGGUGGAAACUUGUCCGCUGGCCCGCCAAACUUAAAAGUUUGGGAAAUGCUGCGCUCACUUGAAGGUUCAUAGGCAUCUAUUUUUUAAAAAUUGUUAUUUUUGUCUGAAGGUUCAUAGCAUAACCAAUAAAAAUAGGAAAUUCUUAAAAAGGUUUUUCCUUUUAGUUUAGUCUCAUAUGCAAUGUGAUUCAAUUAAAAAAUAUAUUUAAAAAAAAUUUGAUCUCAUUUCUCUUGUGCUGGUUGUGUCCCCGGUUACUGCAGUUUUUGUGGAACAAAACCAUUCAAAUCAAUGAGUUAAGAAUGUAGGGUGAUCAUUAGUGAGAUUACAGUGAGUUCAGUUUUCAUAAUGUUGUCGGAAAAUGUAUGAUCUUAAUCUUUGUGUCUUAAUUUUCAUAAAUUGUGUACAUACAUAUUGAUCUAUAACUAGGAAAUCAAGUAAAAUCCUUUUUGAAACUUGUUAAAAUUAAGGUUGACAUUAACUGAGAAACAUAUUUUUCUCAGCUUUUGAUAGUUACGAUUUUGGUUAUCUAAGCAUACCUUUUUUUCCCUAUAAAUAUGAAUAUCACCCAAUCAAUGUUAUUGAAUGAUGGUUUGAAAAAACAAGUUGGACUAUUAUAUAAUAACAAUUAUAUAUUAGGAUAUUUUGGUUAAGAAUGUUUCAUUAGAAUUCAGACAGAUUUAUGGGGCAAAUUAUGCAACCACCCUCAAUGAAUAUAUAAUUUGGGGGGGGGGUUAAUUUGAUAGAUACAUUAAGUUUCUUUUUAUUCUUAAAGAAAAUAUUUUAUAAGGGUACCAUUUUAAUUUUAUUAAAAUAUAUAUUAGGAUAUUUUGGUUAAGAAUGGUUCAUUAGAAUUCAGACAGAUUUAUGGGGCAAAUUAUGCAACCACCCUCAAUGAAUAUAUAAUUUGGGGGGGGGGGGUUAAUUGUAUAGAUACAUUACGUUUCUCUUUAUUCUAAAAGAAAAUAUUUUAUAAGGGUACCAUUUUAAUUUAAUGAAAUUAAUUCAUUUAACUCUGAUGCUAUUUUUCAGCAUUAUUUUAAUAUCCUUUCCAAAUAAAAAUGACCUAUUUUUAUGCUACUGUGUUUAUUAUUUAAACCAAGGGUCUGCAACCUAGGGCAUAUUAGACCCAAGAUUUUCAAUGGCAGGGGGAGACGAAAAAUAUAAUAAUAAGUGGCAAAAAGGUGUCUAUUUAUUUUGUUUGUCCUUCGCAAGGCAAUUUUCGACUUGAGUAGUAGUCUUGACUUCAGCUUUGUUUUGUUUAAAGUGAGGGAGAGUUGCUCAAUUUGUCAGCCUCCCUCUCUCGUUCUUGCCUAUUUGUGCUUGAGUCAAGACGACUGGAAAAAGACCAGGAUGCAGCAGAUGACCUGCGUGUUUGUGUCUCACUAUGCUCUUUAUGCAUUCAACAUUGGCAGGAAUUUUCAUUGUGUCAAUAUCAUAGAGCCUACGGGACUCCAUCUCCAGGUUUUAAUUCAGAGUUUGCCCUCUCUUUGAUGAGUUGCUUUCCAGGGUUAAUGAGUCCCAUCUAUCUACCUGGGGUGCUGCUGUUGUUUUUGAUUGUCUAGGCUGGGGAUUGAAGUCCAGUCCACAAGCUUGGGAUUGACUCAGUUCAAACCACUCUGCCACCCAGUGCCUUGUUAGACUAAAAGGUUGGUUGUUGAUGCGCCCGCUGAGUGAAUUAGAAAUCCUACUAUAGCCCAAUAUUAAGAAAAGGUUGCUGACCCCAGAUUUUAAAAAAUGGGGAACACUUUUAUUUUUUAUUAUUUGUAAUGAAAUGAAUGAAGGAUCGAUAAUCAAAUGAAUAUAAUAAACAAAUGAAUAUUUUAUUAAAGUGUGAUCCUAAAAAUUUUAUUGAGUUUUUAUUAUGUUGCUAAAAUAAUGUUCCUUCAUGGCCAGAUGUAAAUAUAAUUUUUUUUUUUUUUUUUUGGGUUAGAAAUUGACGUUGUUAAAAAUGAUUAAACAUUUCCUUUCUUGUGGCAUCCUAGAAGAUGUGAUCCUAAAAAUUUUAUUGAGUUUUUAUUAUGUUGCUAAAAUAAUGUUCCUUCAUGGCCAGAUGUAAAUAUAAUUUUUUUUUUUUUUUUUUGGUUUAGAAACUGACGUUGUUAAAAAUGAUGAAACAUUUCCAUUCUUGUGGCAUCCUAGAAGGAAUAUUGGUGAUGGGAACUGCCUUCUCAUAUUAAUCAGAAUUAAACACUGAUCUAUCAAUGUACAUUUGUUAUAAUUUAGAAGCAGAAUGAAAUAAGUUGUGAUGCAAUAGAAAUAUUCCCCUACAAUAUAUGUUGCAUCAACACAAUGCAUUUUAAUUGAUUUGUCUGUCUGUUCACUAAUAUUGGUACAUUUGUUUAUGCUGUGCAAUACACUGCCAAGUUAUUUGAAGUCUCAUGUACAAUUUUUUUAUGUUUAAAAAAAAAAACUGCCAUGAUUCUACAGAGUGAGACAGUUAUAAACUGAUGAUUUGAAUCAUUUAUUAAAUAAAGUAUGGUACCAAUACUGUAUAAAUAGUAGACUGUCCUAAAACAUUUUUUUAAUGGCUAGACUGUUUAAAAAUGAAAUGUUAUAACCUUUCAUUCAGAGCAAAAUUGUUAAAUUUUUUUAUAUUUUUUAUUUUCAACUAAAAACAUUAAAAAAAAAUUAAGUUAAAACAAAAGUGUAAGCACUGAUUUAGCAAAGUGCCAAAGAUUACUGAUGUGUUUGCAUUGUUAGACUGUGCAAACGUUAUGUAUGGUACUAUCCUUUAUGAUUAUGGGCAUAUUUCAAAGUGGAGUUUGUUAUGUCUUGUUUAUAGUGUACUUGUACUCAGACAUGUGUGAUUCUGCUUGGUGAUAUUUAAAAUUAAAAUUAGAUUUCAUAGCUGAAGUGACAAAGAUUUAUUAUUUUAAUUUUGUAUGUAUGGAUGAUGAUUGAAUAAUGUGCUUUAGUCAACUGUUCUACAUGUAAAAAAAAAAAGAAAAG